AUGCCUCCCAAGGGAUUUCAAGACACAACAAUACCUGAAGCACAAGGUGUCACUUACGACGAGUCCGAGAUGGCCUACUUCCAUGCAAAACUACUAUAUCAAGCCACGUUCGACGAACGUACAUCUUCGCACGACAAUAACCUGGCUUCGGUCUCUGAUGCUCAGGGUAAGCUUCUCAAACGCUGGGGAAUGCUUAGAGAUACCCAGAAGGAAAUUGUGGAUAAGGGAGAAACCCUGUCUGCGUUUGAUAGAAGACAAAUUACGCAAUGUGCGUGGCGGUAUCAGGAGCUAGAGAAGCUUGCAACGAAGUCUGAGAGAUAA